CUGUCAUGACGUCAUGUGUUUCAAUGUUUCGAAUCGAAUACUUUUUGACACUUGUUGUUGAAACUUUAUUGGUGUACGCUGCGCAUACUUUGUUAAGUUCAAAAGUUUAGAAUGAUGUUCAAUAGUUUCUGAACUUGUGUUUACUUUGAAGGAAAAUGAUGUAUUUUAUUAUAUUUAUAUUUGUGUUGUCCCAGCCAUGUGGUGUGGUAGUAAAUCUAGUGUCAAGUUCUACGACGCCGGCGGGCGUCUUCGGCCGACUGGAGUUGUUCCGCUCGCCGGCGAGGUACGAGGUGGAGAGCUGGGUGGUGAUGACGGACGAGACCCACAACGGGUCCUCCACCGGAUACAAUAUCAAGGCCUCCCUGCUCGUGGAGCCCACUUGGGCGGCGCCCGAUUAUAGUGACAUUUUAUUGAAAUUUCAUCGUUCGUAUUUACUGCAGUCUCCUAAGUUGCAUCUGCGACGUAAUCGUUUGAAGGCAGAGUUCCUCCCGCACCCGUCCGUAUGGGACUCACAUACUGAUUCAAUUUUCUAUGCCCAUUGGAAGAAUGGAGUCAUUGAGAGUGCUCACUUGGACCCCAGCGAUGUGCCUGAUGUACUCAACUAUAAAAAGUCACUCAUCAGUUUAUUUCAGUUUCAAGCUGUCGAUGGAGAACAUGUGGAGUCGGAUAUUUCAGGAAAAUGUGAUGUGAUUUAUGAAUCCAUAUCUACAACAACCUUCAAGAAAACAAAGGUGAGGUGUUCCGCGGAGGAGGAGGACCCGGAGGCGGAGGACGGGUCCGAGGAGGACUCGGAGGACUCGGAGCCGAGCUCGGAGUUGGAGUAUGCGGUGGACGCGCAGUCCGGCGCGCUGGUCGCGGCGCACGCGCGCCAGGCGCUGCGGCUCGGGCCCCGCGGCGCCGCGCUCGGCCUGCGCGCGGGGGCCAGCGCGCGCCGCGCCGGGCCCGCCCCCGCCGCCCCCGCCGCCCCCGCCCCCGCCCCCCCCGGCCCGCUGCCGGCCGCGCUGUCUCCGCUCGGGCUGGCGCCGGUGUUCGGGGAGGACCCCUUAGCCGACCACACGACUACGUUUAUCGCCACGUCACAUACAAUGCAUUUACCUCGCUGCAAUCUAUUUUGUGAGAGUAUGCGAAAAGACGGCGCGGACCGUCCAUCGAAAUACACGCGGCGGUGUGGUGCGCAGCCGCUGGAGGAGGCGGUGGAGCGCGCGCGGCCCGCGCUGCAGGCCGAGGAGGCCGGCCGCGGCGGGGGGGCGGAGCAGGCCGCCGCCGCCGCCGAGCUGCUGCCGGCGCUGCGGGCCGCGCGCGAGCCCGAGCUGGCCGCGCUGCUGCGGCGCGAGAGCCUGGAGCCGGUGCGGCCCGCGCUGGUGCGGCUGCUGGCGCUGGCGGGCACGGCGGCCGCGCACCGCGCCGCGGACGGGCUGCUGCGGCUGGCCGCGCCCGCGCCGCCGCCGCUGGCGCGCGAGUACCUGGCGGCGGCGGCGCUGGCCGCGCGGCCGCGGCCCGCGCUGGUGGCGGCGCUGCUGCGGCUGGGCGGGGAGGCGCGGGACGCGGCGGCGGGCGGCGCGGCGCUGCUGGCGGCGGCGGCGGCCGCGCCCCGCGCCGGGCCCGCCGCCGCCGCCGCCGCCCGCGACCACCUGCUGCGCUCGCUCGCCAGGUGCAAGGAGGAGGAGUGCCGCGCGGUGCGGCUGCUGGCGCUGGGCAACCUGCGGCGCGAGGACACCGCGGAGGCGCUGCUGGAGCACGCGGAGCGCGGCGCGGGCGCGGCGGCGCGGGCGGCGCUGCACGCGCUGCAGGCCGCGCCGCCGGCCGCGCUGCGCCCGGCGCCGCGCCGCCGCCGCCUGCUGGCGCUCGCGUGCGGCGCGGGCCGGCCGCUGCGCGAGCGCGCCGCCGCGCUCGACCUGGCCGCGCGCCGCGCGCCGCUCGCCGCGCCGGCCGAGCUGCGCGCGCUGCUCGCCGCCGCCGCCGCCUGCGGCCCGCGCGAGCUGCGCCGCCUCCUGUGGCAGCGCCUGCGGCAGCUCGCCGCCGACGACCCCGCCGUCGCCGCCGCCCUGCGCGCGCAGCCUCUCACUCUAGUCUCUUGGGACGCUCAGGCGCAGCCCGGCACGUCGUCGGUGCUGGUGCGGAGCACGGGCUGGGCCGCGCUGGGCCAACGCGCGCGGCUCGAGUCCGUGCAGGUGGCGGCCGGCGGGCUGCUGAGCUCCGGCCGCGUGCGGCUCGUGCUGGACGCGGCCGGCGCGGAGAGCGAGCAGCUCGCCGUCGAGAUGUGGACGCGCGGGCUCGAGGCGCUGGCCGGCACGCCAGGCGCCGCGUCCGGCGACCGGGACGAGCCGGACGAGCCGGACGAGUCGGACGAGUCGGACGCGGCGGUCGCCGGCGGGCUGGAGCUGGGCGUGGGCGGCGCGCGGCUGGCCGGGCUGCGGCUGUUCGUGGGGCGGGCCGAGCUGCUGGGCCACGUGUGGGCGGGCGCGGGCAGCGAGCCCACGCCGGUGCUGCGCGCGCUGCGGCCGCUGCGGGCGCUGGAGGCGCGCGCGGCGCUGGUGGCGGGCGCGGCGCUGCACUGGCGGCGGCGCGCGGCGGCGGCGCUGGCGCUGGACGCGCAGGCGCAGGUGUCGCUGUGGUCGCGCAGCGCGCGCGCCGAGCUGGAGCUGCGCGCGGCGGUGGCGGGCCACGUGUCGGCGGCCGCGGGCCCGCUGCGGGGCUGGGCGCGCUCGUCCGCCGCGCCGCGCCUGCGCCUGGCCGCCGACCUCGACUUCUACGACGGCGUGACGCUGUGCGUGCGCGCGCACGUGCACGCCGCGCCGCUGCGGCACGAGGCGGCGCUGGGCGGCGGCCGCCGCGCCGCCAGCCUGCCCGCGCCCGGCCGCACGCUCGCGCUCGGCGCCGACAACGACCGCGCCUGCCGCCGCCUGGUCGCGCCCGAACACUAGCGCGGUCGCCGCAGAGACAUCCCGAGACCGCCCCGACGCCGAUCGUCUUGAAGAUUAAUUUAUUACAUAGAUCACAGGCCAAAGAGACACUCUAACGAUAUAUUUAAUUAAAUUAUUAAGAAUUCGACAUAAUAUAUUUAAAGCGGAAUCCUCGACAACAGGAUUCAUUCCAGUCUGUCUCGAAUCAGUCACUGUAUAUUAAAACUAAAUAUGUAUAAUGUAUGUCAGAGUAAUGAGUAAUGAAUGCACAAUAAUAGUCACAAACAAAAUAAACUAGUUUAUGUUAUUAUUUCUUUAUUAUUAUUUUUUUUUUUUUGUAAUCAAAUAUGACAUUAAUUAAAUUAUUAUUAUAUUUAUCCUUUUCGUCAUAAUGUUUAUUAUAAAUAUAACGGAAUCUCAAAUAAA